AUGUCAAUACUGAUGCAUUCAGUUCAAUGGGCAAUUGUAGAUAUUUGGAUAGCAAAGGAAAUUUCUACGACUAUUUCGAGCUUAUCAAAUUACAAAGAGAAUACUAUACGACUACUUUUACCUAUACUACUUCAAAUUUUGAUAUUUUUUUCAACUUGUGGACCAGCUCCAGUAUGUGAUACAAUUCUAUCAACCACCAACAAUCAAAUUUGUAAUAGAAAAACAGAUUUAAGUGCUGCUUAUUGUCUUGGUAAAUAUACUGCACCUACUGUUAAGGAGAUUACUGGUGGUUUGGCUUUGAAGUAUGAAGGAACUAAAAAUGCACCUAAUUGCGAAGGUAUAGAUAUAACAACCACAAUCAAUGUUCUUUGUGACACUACAGUCGACACUAUUACCAUAAGUGUACUUAACGAGUCAUCCACUUGCCAAUACAAGUUUAUUUUCAGUUGA